CACGUGUGGUAAACACUAAACACGCACAUGAGUCUGAGAUCCCGAACAUGGACUUCUCAAAUAAGUGGAGAAAUCUGCCCGAAGGUCCGAGUUUAAAGAACCUGACCGACGGAAACUUCGGGAAACUGAAGGACACGCAGCAUGCUGCUGUUCAAAACCUGACUAAAGCUCAUGUCGAGUCUUUUGACCAGGCGGUGACGGAGGGACUGGCCGAGGUGGUGCAGGCUAUCCCCCCUCUCGAGUUCAUGUCCAACAAUGACAAGAUCAUGUUGAACUUCGUUGAAGCCACCAUCUGCCCCCCUGCGGUCGCUAAGGGCAACAUUUGCACCGAGACGAAGGUGUUUCCUGCCGAGUGUCGAGGCAGGAGAUGCACCUACAGAGGAAGAGUCAUGAUGGACGUCUGCUGGUCCGUCAACGAUGUUCCCAGAGGCGUCAUCAAGCAGUCCAUGGGCUUCAUGCCGAUCAUGGUGAAGUCCAAGCUGUGUAACCUGCACGACAUGUCUCCCAAAGAGCUCGUACAACAUCACGAAGAAGCAGAGGAAAUGGGGGGUUAUUUCAUCGUGAACGGCAUUGAGAAGAUUAUCCGUAUGCUCAUAAUGCCAAGGAGGAACUAUCCCAUUGCAAUGUCCAGACCCAAGUGGAAGACCAGGGGUCAGGGAUACACCCAGUACGGUAUUUCUAUGCGUUGUGUGCGAGAGGAGCACUCGGCAGUCAACAUGAACCUCCAUUAUCUGGAGAACGGGAUGGUGAUGCUGAACUUCAUCUACCACAAAGAGCUCUUCUUCCUGCCCUUAGGUUUUGCUCUGAAGGCUCUCGUGGACUUCACAGACUUCCAGAUCUACCAGGAGCUGAUCAAAGGCCGCGAGGACAACUCCUUUUACAAGACGUGCGUGUCGGAGAUGCUGCGUGUCGUCAUGGAGGAAGGCUGCACCACCCGCGGAAAAGUGCUCAACUUCCUGGGAGAGCGAUUCAGGGUGAAGCUGAACCAGCCGGAGUGGCACACCAACCAGGAGUGUGCCAGGUUCCUGUUGAACGAGUGCAUCUGCAUUCACCUGAAGUCGGACACAGAGAAGUUCUACAUGCUGUGUCUGAUGACCCAGAAGCUUUUCACGUUCGCCAAGCAGGAGUGCAUGGAGGAGAACCCGGACAGCAUCAUGUGUCAGGAGGUUCUCACCCCCGGCCAGCUCUACCUCAUGUUCCUCAAGGAGAGAUUGACGGCCUGGUUAACUUCUGUGAAGAUUGCUUUCACCAAAAGAGGAGCCAAACUGUCUGGAGGAUGGAGCGAUGAGAACGUGAUGAAGCUGCUGUCCAUGGGCACCGACUUGACCAAGUCGUUUGAAUAUCUCCUGGCGACCGGGAACCUCGUCUCCAAGACGGGUCUCGGCAUGCUGCAGAACACGGGCCUGUGCGUCGUGGCCGACAAGCUCAACUUCAUCCGGUACCUGUCCCACUUCCGCUGCGUGCACAGAGGCGCGGCCUUCGCCAAGAUGAGGACCACCACGGUCCGGAAGCUGCUGCCGGAGUCCUGGGGCUUCAUGUGCCCCGUGCACACCCCGGACGGAGAGCCCUGCGGCCUCAUGAACCACAUGACCGCCAGCUGCGAGAUCGUGGCUCAGGUGGCGCCCACCAACUCGCUGCCGGCUCUUCUCUGUUCCCUCGGCGUGACCCCGGUGGACGGAUCCCCGGGCCGGGCCUUCUCAGACUGUUACUCCGUGGUUCUGGACGGAGCUGUGGUCGGCUGGGUGGAGACAGACUUGGCACCAAUGGUUGUCGACUCACUGCGCAGAUUCAAGGUGCUGAGAGAGAAGACGGUUCCUUCCUGGAUGGAGAUCGUCCUGGUUCCCAAGACGGGCAAGGCCAGUCUGUAUCCCGGCCUGUACCUGUUCACGACGCCCUGCCGCAUGAUGCGUCCCGUCCAGAACCUGAGUCUCGGCCAGCAGGAGCUGAUUGGCACGUUUGAGCAGCUCUACAUGAACGUGGCGGUGUUUGAGAAGGAGGUUGAAGCCGGCGUCACCACGCACCAGGAGCUGUUCCCUCACAGCAUGCUCAGCGUGGUGGCCAACUUCAUCCCUUACUCCGACCACAACCAGAGUCCCAGAAACAUGUACCAGUGUCAGAUGGGUAAGCAGACGAUGGGUUUCCCUCUGCACUCCUUCAUGGACCGCUCCGAUAACAAGCUGUACCGGCUCCAGACGCCCCAGAGCCCCCUGGUCCGGCCGUACAUGUACGACCACUACGACCUGGACAACUACCCGAGCGGCACCAACGCCAUCGUGGCCGUCAUCUCCUACACCGGCUACGACAUGGAGGACGCCAUGAUUGUGAACAAGUCGUCGUGGGAGAGGGGCUUCGCCCACGGGAGCAUCUACAAGACGGAGUUAAUCGACCUGGCGGAGAAGAUGAAGGGAGUGAACUGCGUGGUGUUCGGGGUGAAGCCGGGAGACCCGAAGGUGAAGGACAGACUGGACGCUGACGGUCUGCCUCACAUCGGGGCGACGCUUCAGUACGGAGACCCGUUCUACAGCUACAUCAACCUGAACACGGGACAAACCUUCGUCAACUACUACAAGAGCCAGGAGGCCUGCGUCGUCGACAACAUAAAGGUCUGCAGCAACGACGCCGGCUCGGGCCCGUUCAAGCGCGUCUGCAUCACGGUGCGAGUGCCGAGAAACCCAACCAUCGGAGACAAGUUCGCCAGCCGCCACGGCCAGAAGGGAAUCCUGAGCCGCCUCUGGCCGGCGGAGGACAUGCCCUUCACGGAGAGCGGCAUGGCGCCGGACAUCCUGUUCAACCCGCACGGCUUCCCCUCCCGCAUGACCAUCGGCAUGCUCAUCGAGAGCAUGGCGGGCAAGUCGGGCGCCCUGCACGGCCUGAGCCACGACGCCACGCCCUUCACCUUCUCCGAGGAGAACUCGGCGCUGGAGCACUUCGGCGAGAUGCUGCGCGCCGGCGGCUACAACUACUACGGCACGGAGCGGCUGUACAGCGGCGUGAGCGGCCUGGAGCUGGAGGCCGACAUCUUCAUCGGCGUCGUCUACUACCAGCGGCUGCGGCACAUGGUCUCCGACAAGUUCCAGGUGAGGACGACGGGAGCGCGGGACAAGGUGACCAACCAGCCGGUGGGAGGGAGGAACAUCCAGGGAGGAAUCCGCUUCGGGGAGAUGGAGCGCGACGCCCUGCUGGCCCACGGCUCGGCCUUCCUGCUGCACGACCGGCUCUUCAACUGCUCCGACCGCUCCGUGGCGCAGGUCUGCGUGGACUGCGGGAGCCUGCUCUCGCCGCUGCUGGAGAAGCCGCCGCCGUCCUGGUCGGCCACGCGCCACCGCAACACCGUCUGCACGCUGUGCGGCAAAAGCGACGCUAUCGCGUCCGUGUCCGUUCCCUACGUCUUCCGCUACUUCGUGGCCGAGCUGGCGGCGAUGAACAUCAGAGUCAAACUGGAUGUUAAGUGAGUUUUGCAAAGAGGACGAGGAGGAAAGUGUCGGUCUGCUCGCUGGGCUUCGUUUACAAAACCUGACUCUAUUCUAAAAACUUUAUGAAGAUGGAUACAAGAAAAACAUUGAGCUCCAUGCAAGAGUAUUUUUAUAUAUAUAAUCAGCCUGAAUGCUGAGAUGCCUGUGAUUGAAUGUGGAGUGUUUAAUAAAAAAAAAAAAUGGUAAAAGUGAAACACUUUUCUUCUUGGAGGCUGAUUUAUAAAGCUGGUACAGUUCUC